GACAUUAAUACAAGAAAUGUACCUUUGGAAGGACUUACUAUUUGUCUUACACCAAAAUGUGUGAAACACGGAUAACUUUCCCAGAUUUUUCCGAUUCUGAUAAUGAGCUUGAAUUUUCCAGUGAUUCAGAGGUUCUUCUCAGCAAAGUAACAGCUGCAGACAACUCAGACUCAGAUGAUGAUAGUGCUGUAAAGUCCACUAAAAUUGAAUUACAGGAGUGUCACCUUCAGACUGCCCCAGUAGAGGAUGAUGGGAUACCAUCCAAGUCUACCUGUGGCUCCAUCUAUGUGGUCUGUGCCUCAAUCAUGGCCUCUCUUGGAGGAGUGUUGUUUGGAUAUGACAUAGGAAUCAUAUCUGGAGCAGUACUACAGCUUAGGGAUGACUUCUGCCUGUCUUGUUCCUUCCAGGAGAUGGUCAUCAGUGCCAUGUUAAUGGGAGCUAUUGCUGGCUCACUUAUUGGAGGGGUUUUAAUUGACAAAUUUGGAAGGCGGUUGACCAUCAUUGUGAAUACAGUAGUGUUUUUGGUUGGAGCUCUUGUGUUAGGCUUUUCACCAAAUUACCCUUCCCUGAUCGUUGGCCGUCUCCUAUUAGGAUUUGCUGUUUCUUUGUCAGCCACAGGAGAAUGUAUCUACAUCUCAGAAAUCGCACCCCCUAAAAAGCGAGGUCAGUUAGUAUCAUUGAAUGAACUUGGGAUCACACUUGGACUUCUGCUGGCAUAUCUAGUCAACUACUUAUUUAUCAAUGUCACAGAGGGAUGGCGGUACAUGUUUGGUCUAUCAGCCAUUCCUGCAGCAAUACAAGGAGUAGGGAUGUUCUUCCUCCCUAGAAGUCCCCGGUACCUCAUCCUCACGGGCAAAGAAGCAGAGGCAAAGGAAGUGUUAUUAAAACUGAGGGAUGGAAAGAAAAUACAAGUACAUCGGGAGUUAGAAAAGAUAAAAUCAUCCAUUAGCAAUGAAAAGGAACACACUUGUAUGGACGUCUUUAGCUCCAGUGACAACAUGAGAGGUCGGAUGUUCAUUGGAGCAGGGCUUGUAUUCUUUCAACAGUGUACAGGGCAGCCCAAUGUUUUAUACUAUGCCCCCACCAUUUUUGAAGGAAUAGGAUUCGAGUCCAACUCAGCAGCCACAUUAGCCACUGUAGGACUGGGCUGUGUGAAGGUGGUGAUGACUGUGAUAACAUUAUGUUGUGUUGACAAGUGGGGCCGACGCCGAUUCCUCUUGACAGGUGCCUCAUUAAUGGGUGUGUCCCUCCUUCUCCUGGGGAUCAUUUCUCAUUUAAAUGACCACAUUUACGGAUCCAAUCCUUGCCAGGAAAGUGUUCAGUGUUUAGAAGCUUUAACGGAAGCCAACCAUAACUUUUCAAUACCUUACACUACAACCCCCCAGAUGUUCUCUAUAAAUGAUUCUUACACGUUAUCAGAAUUGGACUGGUUGUCUUACAUUAUGGAUAACUAUACUGCUACAACAACAGAGGAACCUCACGUACAUAUCCAUGGAUCCACUGUUGGCAAAAUAGCGGCCUUCACAGCUCUGAUGCUAUACGUGGCUGCUUUUGGUUUCAGUUUUGGUCCAGUGUCCUGGUUGAUCCUGAGUGAAAUCUUCCCAGCAUCAGUGAGGGGGAGAGCCAUUUCUCUGGCCACGGUGCUCAACUGGGGAACCAAUCUCAUUGUAUCGCUCACUUUUCUGGAUAUCCUUGAAAACAUUGGUGUAUCUUGGACUUUUGUGAUGUUUAGUGCCGUUUGUGCUCUGUCUGUGGUCUUUAUCUUCUUUGCUGUACCAGAAACCAGAGGGAAAUCCCUGGAACAAAUUUCUAAAGAACUCAAUAAUAGAUCUCUGAAAUCAGGAAUCCGAGCCUACUGUAGAAGACUUCACUGUUGUCAGCCAUUAUACAACUCUCCAGUGAAAUCACCUAAUUACCACAGGGUACACAGCACUGAUUCCUUCAAUGAAAUCUCCUGAUUACAUGACUAAAACUCUCAAAAAUGAAUGGUUUGUACAUGACUAUAACACUCAGAAAUGAAUUGUAUAAGAACACCCCAAAUUAAUAUGUACACUUUGAUAAACUUCGUGCUAUAAUUGCAGGUUACAAAUUUUUUAUUUGCUUUGUUAUUAUUAUUCUGUCUCAGCGUAGUUAGAUUUUCCUUUUACACUAGACUAUAUCCUGAUUUCUGUCAGGAGUAAAUACUCUCUAACAAAAAUCAUACAUGAGUUCAUACUUAUGUUUGUAUGCUGUCGUAUGUUUUUAGUUCUGUUGGUCAGAGACCAGAAGAGCUUAUGCUGUUGUAAGGUGUCCAUUGUCUGUCUGUUUCGGUAAACAGUUUUUCUUAAUGCUACUCCUCCUACAGUUUUGGUCUGAUUUCAAUAAAACUUGGUACACAAGUA